AUGACAGGCAUACUUGGCCCAGAAGCAGUCAAGGAACUUGCCACAAUUCGGCGUAUCGCGAAGGCACUGGAAGACGUGAUGCUUUCUCCGCAUGCAUCCGUUAGCCCUGGCGACGGUGCCAUUACGCUGUCGCAGGAGUCAUCAGAAGAGACUGCGAUUGUUCUACGUGGUGUCGGGACGAAGCUGGCCGCCGCUGCUGAGGGGCUUGCCACCGCUAUUGAGACUCAAAUGGCUGAGUUUUUUAACUACAUGAGAGAGAAGGAGACCUUGUCUGUCGUCGCGAUGUUGCGCGCACGCAGCGUGGUGCCAGAGGGCUUUAAACUGAUGAGUCAUGAGGAGGUGUGUGCGGCACGCCCCACGGCCUUCUCUUGCAACGAUGAUACCUCUGAGCCGUCGGGGGGUGGCGUUUUGCAAACCACCAAGUCGUUGCAUAGUCAGCGGUCUCAGAUGCGUGUGGCGGCUUCAUCGUUGCAGACGUGCUUGUUCCUGAUGCUGGAGGCGCUUCUUACACGCGUCCAUGCCACUCGCGCGGCGGUGUACCUUGAAAACCUUCCUGAGAAUUCCCACGUACUCAGCCGCGUGGCGCAGAUCCACGCAGACGGCAGGCUGCCCCUCGAGGUCAGCUACGCCAGCAGUAGCAUGAUUGUUACCGCUGUGCGGUGUGGUAUGGCCAUAAACUUCAACAACACCGGUAUGCCCCCCAACAACAACGACAAUGACUUCCCCCACCACAUUGAAAGAAAUGUGCGUCGCCCUUUGCCGGUUCAAAACGGCAUCAUUGUGCCCAUCGGUAACUACGGAUGUGUCUUCGUGGCCGAUAAGGUGACCGGGGUGCCGCCGCCUUUUACCUCGUUCGACGAGUACCAGGUCUGGGCCCUUGCCAGUCUUUGCGAGGGCAUCUUUUCACGGUACUCGCGGGACGUUUUUGUGACGGUGCCGUGGAGUCCAGCUGUGGGAACACUGCGUCAGUGCACCUGCCUUCCGCCCCUCCCCAGGCCGCCUCGAGACUCCACACAACCAAAGGCAGCUGUGACCGCUGCCGUGACUGCGCCCUCUUUGGACGCGCUGCAAUCCAUGCCGAAGAGGCUGGCCGUGCUUCGAGCCUCCACCAACAAGGUGAGCAUCAUUGGGGACUCCAAAGGCAUACCGCGGACACACUUGACGUUUGAAGGCCUUUUCCUGGAGGCGGCUGAGUACGUCAGAAACAUUGAGGAUCUUUGGCACAAGUCGGUGGAUGAGGUAAAUCAACUACAAAUUUCCCUGAGAGAACAGACCCGCAAUCUGGAUGCCAAGACGCAUCAAAUCCUUGGGCUAGAGCGGGAGGUGCGCCGCUUGAACGGGCGACUUCUCCGUCUUCAGGAAACAACUGCUACCCCAAUCCGCCGAAAUGUAACUUAG